AUGGACACUCAAAAAUUGGAUUUUGUGCCCUCUCAGAUCGCCAACGACAUGCAGAUCCGCACCAGACAGCACCGAAAUUUCGACAAGGUCGAAGGCCAACUCGUCGACCCAAAAGACUCCGCUGCAUACCAGCUCUCCAUCAGCGGCGUCCUCAAUGAAUUAAGCCUGUGGAACCCCUUUGCCAAGGCAAUCGUCAAGGGCGACAUUGUGUGGCUGUUCGACAACACCGCCUUUAAAGAGGCUGAGAACGAGGAAUGGCAGGCAGAGUUUAUCAUGGCCGUGUUUGAGAACGAGGCAAAGUGCAAGGUCGCCGACAUAGUUUCCAGCAUUGCUGGUGCUGUCGGCCUGGCUGACGAUGCCGAUGAGCGCAAGACGAUUGAGCAGAGGCUGAUGCCGUUCCUGUGGGACAUUCGGACUGCGAGAACGACGACUGUGGCUCAGGGAGAUUUGUCUCUGAAGCUGGGGCCGAGUGGUUUUAAUGGAAUUGCAACGAAUGUCUGCAAGCUUUUGCAUCAUAGCAAGGGGUCGUUUACCACCAAGAAAACCACCCUUGACGUUGAAGGCGUGGAUGGUGUUUUGAGCAUGCAGACGCAUUUUGCACUGCCUGAAGGCUGGGGGAUCAUCUCUGAUAUUGACGACACAAUCAAAGUCACAACAACCAGCGACCCCGUCAGCAUUCUCAAAGAGACUUUCAUCAACUCUCCAUCUCCCGUCCCCGGAAUGCCCGAGCUCUACGCAGGCAUCAAAUCCUUCCUUCCGCAUGACACGCCAUUUUUCUACCUCUCCGCAUCGCCCUACAACUUGUAUCCUUUCCUGAAAGAAUUCCGGGAUGCCUACUACCCGCAAGGGACUUUUAUUCUUCGAGACUCUAGCUGGAAGACCGUGUCCGGACUGCUCUCUUCUCUAACGGUGGGCACGGAGGAGUACAAGGUAGACCGUAUGAAGAAGAUCAACUCGUGGCUUCCCAAGAGGAAACUCAUCGUCUUUGGAGAUUCUACACAGUCGGAUCCCGAGGCCUACGGCGAGAUUUAUCGAGCGUUCCCGGGUUGGAUCAGAAUGAUCUUCAUCCGCAAAGACACCAAUUCUUUCGCCGUGGGGCUCGAGGAAAAGAAUGAGCCAAAAAGAUUCGAAAAGGCAUUUACGGGCAUCCCCCGGGAGGCCUGGCACGUCUUUGAGAAUCCUGAUGAGUGUUUGGAUCUUGUCAAGGCUGCGGUCAAGAGAAAUUCAUAA